UGACAUGCGAAAGUCAAACACAAUUCUGAAUGACUGAAACCAAAAAUUAGAACAGUCUUUCUUCGACUCAACUCUACGAUCUACGAGUCGAGUAGAUCUACAAGCAAAGUGACCAUUUAGAUUUACCAUGAUUUGGAGUCUUGAGAGUGGUAGUCUACCACUACGAACCACAUGUGCCUCUCACAAGACUCAGGCCAAAAUGUAACCUCCCAAAUAAAUAAAUAAACGAUCUGCAGACAAAACAGAAAAAUGAUAAUGUCAAAUCUGCAGGCAUAUACAUGCAGUGUCGGUUGGUGUCAUCGAUAUUCGAAAACGCUCAAGACAUGCAUUUUUCUUCAGGCUUUCCCAGCGUCGAGCUGUCCUGAACUACAGUAGUUGACAGCCUCAUAAAUGUCCUUUACUUCCAUAUCUUCCAGGCGUUGUUGGCGUCGAUUGAAAAUAACUGCAGUGCUCAGUAGAAGAAUAGGAUCUGGAACCUGUCUAAACAUGGCUGAAACCCCAAGCAGAAAAGUGGCGAAAGGAAUAGACUCGAUCGUGAUCACUAGUGGUAUCAAGGGUGCCAACGUUGAGCCAACCACUGCAGAAGUAACGAGGAACGCCUUUAUGAUGGCAGGCUGCUGCUCUGCCUUCGCUGGCGUUUGCAAUCAGCAUGGUGGACCAUUUGGAGCAACGGUCACCAAAGACAACCAGAUAGUUUCAUGCAUGCACAACACUGUCCUGCAGGACGAGAACCCAACGCGACACGGUGAGAUGAACGCCAUCCGACAAGCCUGUGCCAAUCUGCGCUCCGCAGAUCUGACUGGAUGUGAUAUGUACACUACCUGUGAGCCAUGUCCGAUGUGCUGGGGUGCUAUCCAGCGCUCAGGCAUUCGUGAUAUGUACAUCGGCGUGGACCGUUACUUGGCCGCCGAGUUUGGCUUCAACGACAAAGCUUACUACGAUGAGAUCGCGCUCUUGCACAACACACUGAAUAGCAAGGAGCAGGCGCAACCGGUCGUGUCUAAUUUUCUAACAGUCCGUAUUGGCAAUCCUCUGAAAGCACUUGUUCAAGACAAGCUUCUUGGACGUGGUGAUGCUACAAUUGGCGGCAGUGUUGGUGAUUUAUCUUGGCUUACUGUUUCGCGACGAGACCAAAGUAGCACAAGUACCGAUGGCGAUGCAGAAGCUGAGUGUAGUGCAGGUGUUGAUGAGCGUUUCUCAACAGAACAACAUGCGAAAUUCAGUGAGCAGCUCGUCAGCUACGCAAGUGAGAUGAUAGCUAAGCAUGGGUCUGGUGCACAGCCUGAUGGUCACGAGGCAUGCAUACUAGUGGACACACAGACUGCCAAAGUUAUCGCCUGUGGUUCUACGUUGACGGCAAACCGCGAGGAUGCGUCCAGUGGCUUUGUCACGUCUGUCGUCGAGGAAGCCUGCCGUGCCCUGAGCACGCGCGUCCUGGACCAGUGCAUCGUGUAUUGCACCGUGGAGCCGGACCCCAUGAAUUUCUGCUCGCUGCUGUGGGCCAGUGUGCCAGUGUUACACAUUGGCCUGUCGCAGAGCAACGUGGACGCACAGCGAAGCCGUUCACCCGCAUCUCGCCAGGGCGAGCGCUCGCACCAGAUCUUUGAGCAUUUCUUCGAGCGUGAGGAACGCAAGAAGCACGAGAAGCCUGGUACAGGCUCGGUGAUGAGGGAGGAAUGUGCUAACGUGUUCCGCAAGUGGCAGCACUUGAAUGGCCUGAUCUACUAAAUACAUGUACCGACUACACAACAACAAUGACACGGUACCCAGGCUUGCCUGCUGAUCACACUCAUACCUAUUUUCAAUGGUCCAAUAUAGUGACCUGUGCAAAGAUAUGCUCCAGUGUUGCUGUACAUCAUCGCGCUUGUAGCUCAACGAUACAAUAUCUUCGUAUCACCUAUUUUAUUUUCACGCUGUUCGGCUUAUUUUUCUUACAGCCUUUAUUUUUAUUUUGGUAUCAAUGCAGAAGUCCUCGUAGAACCUUUUCUAGAUUAUACCUUUCCAACUGCAGCCUCAUGUCGAACACUUCUAACAGGAGAACACCGUGAUGUUUUAGGUUAGUUUCAGUUCACAAUCAUUUUGUGUCGUAACGAUUUCUGAAAUUGUGUAUCAGCCAAAAAUACCUUUCAUCCCCAAUUAUUUCCCGACAAUAGCCCUGCAUUUUGGCUCGUUUUUUUGUAGCCUCGCACCGACCAUUUCUAGCAAAAGAACGCAAUGUUUUAUUAUUGAUUUUAUAGCUUCAGUCCAAAAUCAUUUCAUUUUGUAAAAAUUAUUAAAACUGCAUAUCAA